AUGGCAAAACUGACCGGUUUUGUUUACAUGCUACUGCUGUUGGCUGCCCAGCCGCUGGUUGCACAGUGUCAGUUGUUGGAGAUUGCGGGUGCUGUAGGUGGGGCUGCAAUUGUGGCUGUGGGAGCUCCAGUAAUUCUUGGCGCUGCUGGAUUUGGUGCUGGUGGUAUCGCUGCCGGUUCACUGGGUGCCAAACUGAUGUCUGCUGCGUACACAGCCAAGUUGGGCGUGGGCGUAGUUUCUGCUCUGCAGUCUGCAGGGGCAGCGGGACUUGGAGUCUUUUCAUAUUUUGCAGGUGCUGCAGCAGGGGCCGGAGCGGGCCAUUAUGCCGGCAGCUACGCCGGCGGAAAUAAAGAUGAGAGGGGAAAAUGCUGA